AUCGGAGAAGAAGACUCAUCCACCGCACGCUCAGGCAAGGGUAGUUGUGAAACAAGCAACAAGCUAGCUGAUGCUUCACUAAAUCCUUCCCCUCUGCAUGUGUCGUGUCUCAGUAUCAGUUGUCGUCCUCUGAGUUGUUGCUGUCAAUCAAAAGGAGGAAUUCAAACCAACCCGGUGUGCAGACAUGAGCUCGGUCAGAGAUGAAGGUAAGGACCGAAUUAUCUUUGUCACCAAAGAGGAUCAUGCGACACCCAGCAGUGCUGAGCUGGUAGAGGAAGACCCUGAUGACCCUUAUGAGGAGCAAGGGCUGAUUCUUCCCAGUGGGGAGAUCAACUGGAACUGCCCCUGUCUGGGUGGGAUGGCCAGCGGACCCUGUGGGACUGAAUUUAAAGACGCCUUCUCCUGUUUCCACUACAGUAAGGAGGAGGUGAAGGGAUCUGAAUGCCUGGAGCACUUCAGGGCCAUGCAGGAGUGCAUACAGCGUUACCCCGAGCUCUAUCCACAAGAAGAUGACAAGGUGCGAAAAGAACAAUCAUCAGAAACAGAGCCGACCUCACAAGACUCUGCAUCUGCAGAAACCCCAGGUACCGACUCAACAUCUGCAGAAACACCAGCUGCCGACUCAACAUCUGCAGAAACCCCAGGUACCGACUCAACAUCUGCAGAAACACCAGCUGCCGACUCAACAUCUGCAGAAACACCAGGUGCCGACUCAACAUCUGCAGAAACCCCAGGUGCCGACUCAACAUCUGCAGAAACCCCAGGUGCCGACUCAACAUCUGCAGAAACCCCAGGUGCCGACUCAACAUCUGCAGAAACACCAACUACCGACUCAACAUCUGCAGAAACCCCAGGUGCCGACUCAACAUCUGCAGAAACCCCAGGUGCCGACUCAACAUCUGCAGAAACCCCAGGUGCCGACUCAACAUCUGCAGAAACCCCAGGUGCCGACUCAACAUCUGCAGAAACCCCAGGUGCCGACUCAACAUCUGCAGAAACCCCAGGUGCAGACUCAACAUCUGCAGAAACCCCAGGUGCCGACUCAACAUCUGCAGAAACCCCAGGUGCAGACUCAACAUCUGCCACCGAGCCGGACUCUGAUAGUAUGCUACCCAACACAGAGGGCUCAGGGGAAAGCUAGUGAUGAGCCCUGGUUACAAUGUAAAGCCAAGGCUUAAGAAUCGGACUGAAAUCCCAUUAAGUCAUUGCUUGUUGCAUUCAUAAAUAACAUCAUAGUGUUUUUUUAACAUUUGCCGUUGAAAUUCUUUUUUAAAUGAAGCAAAAACCUUUUGAGGGUGUAUCCAAAAUGCUCAUUAUGCUGAUCACUGUUUCUUUAACUGCAGGCUGCGUGGCCUGCAGGGGAACGAGUCACAUAGCCUGUUCUGCCAUUUACAAGUCAUUUGGAGAAAGUGCGUCGUUGGGAUUGAAAAGUAAAUCAACACAAGAAUCUAAACUGAGCGAAGUGAUGCCUGUACGUGAGUUAACAUUAUGUUUAAGUUGCUGCAGCUGAUGAGCUACUUUCUCUAUCUCACAUGGAAACUCACGAUAGCAGUGCACGUUUCCCUGUUGAAUGUUUGUUUAGUCACAAGUUCAACAAGCUAUGGUACAGGAAACAUGUUCUUUCAUGUUGGCAGGUUAGAUAAGAAGAAGACUUUAGCAGCGAAGAUGAUGUGGGUUGUUAUUCAAUGGCUACUGCUUUAUGAAAACAUGGUUCAACAUGAUGCGAUUUAAAUAUCUCUAUGCAAAAAAGGUCUUCAUCCAAUGAUGGAAAGGUUAAAUAUUCCAAAACGUAUAGGGUCUGCUAUUGUGAAACCAAACACGUAAACUACAUUAAAUUAUAUUUAGAAUAUAUAAGCUCUUACUUUUGGACUUUUACUUACAGAGGAUCAGAGGACAUCCGGGUUAUAUAGUAAAUAUGUGAAAAACUAUCAUGACCUUUAUUUCCAGUUGAACUAAACAAUGUAUUUAUGAAUAAGAUGGGCUUACAGUAUACUUGUGUGAAACUAUGUUAUCAAUGCAACAACUAUCUUGAGUGUUUAAAUUAAGGAUGGGAAAUCCUGCCUUUGGCAAUACAAGAUAAAACAAAUAUAUUUAGUUCAAUGAAGAACCUAGAGUACACUGUGUAUUAUGUCCUUUUCUUUGUCUCUUGGAGCGGCAGCACUAAGUUAAUUCAGAGAAACUCCACUAAUUGAUAAUCGAUCAGCUGUUAAAGUCAUUUUAAAUGCAAAGAUGGUAGAAAAAGCGUUCCACCUUUCAAAAAUGGAGAAUUCCUGCUUUUCUUUAGUGUGUAUAAAAUGUAACUGAAUAUUUAAAGGGUAAGGACCGACGAGACAAGACAUUUGAAAAACAUAACUUUAAACUUUGACAAAUGCGAUCGACAUUCUUCCCAUCUGACAUGUUAUAGACCAAACGUUUAAUCGAGAAAUUAACGAGUAAUUCUUAGUUGCAGAGAUUCCUAUGAUGUAUGUACACGUGAUAUACAAAGUUUACUUCCUUUUUGUUCCAUUUCAUAUGUUUGACUCAAAGUUUAUAAUAGUGAUUAUACGGAUGAAGACAACCUCACUAUUUCGACUGAGCAGUCUUGAUUGCUAUCUGUGGUGUAUAUCCAGUUAUACAACUUUACCUCAGCUGAACUAAAGUGAACCAUUCAUGUCAAACACAAGUUUGACUAGUGUGACUUUUUAUAUAAUAAAUUAUCCUUUAUAAUA